AAAUUAGUAUCAUUGUCUUCGAAUCAAUUCUAUUGUGAACAUCGGCAGCACAUAGAGUAGCCCGGAUUUUCGCUAUCCCAAAAUUCAAACGAAACCUUUUUCUAUUUCUCAUCACAAAUUUUGAAGAUGGCCUUCCGUUUUACGCAAUUUUUGGCCGUAGGCUGUCUCUUGUUGGCUGUUGCAGCUCCCCUGAAUGCUGCUGCCGUUGAUAAUGCCGUGGCCGAGCCACGCAUUGACUCCUCGGAGGAAUUGAUCUCGAGCAUUGUGGAUAACUGCUUCAACUCGAAUGCCCUCCGUUGUCUGAACGAGAAGGUGUUGACUUAUUUGGAUACUGUGGCUGGUGUUGAUGAGGAUGUCAGUGGCCGUGCCUUGAACGAUGAUGUUGUCGAUACCGUUAUUGCCGAUCGUGUUGCCCGCAUCUUGAAGAACAACGAAAUCCGCGUCCAAUUGCCCGAAACUGUCUUUGCCAACUCCGUUGUCACCUACCGUGCUGAUCGUGGUUUCGAUUUGGAAAUCCCUCAAUCCACUGAUGCUCGUGGCCACAAGAAGAAGAACAAUAAAUUGUUCUUGCCCUUGUUGUUGCUCUUGAAAUUGAAAAUGGGUGUUGUUAUGCCCAUCCUAAUGGCUUUGCUCAAAUUGAAGGUCUUCAAGGCUUUGAUCUUGUCCAAGAUUGCCAUCAAAUUGGUGUUGGGCUUCCUCUUCUACCAAUUGAUCCAGAAAUUGGGUGGUGCUAAGAUGUCCAUGACUCCAGUGCCCGCUGCCUCCUCCUACGAACCCAGCAGCUGGGAAACUCCCAGUGGUGGUCCCUAUGCCCGUUCCGAUGCCCACUACAUGGCCUACAACAGCUACCACCCCAGUAGCUACAGCAGCUCCUCUUAAGUAGUG